AUGGCUCCCGACAAGGCAGACUACCUAGCUUCACGGUAUCUAGUAGCAGAUGCCAAGCCGACCAAGAAGCGCAAGUGCAAGGGUGGCGUGGCCGCACCGUCCCAAGGACUGCUGAUAACCGACGACAACGACGACUCGAGCUGGGUCAAAGCCCGUGACUCGGACAACGAUGACAACGACGCGGGACCGGUAACGGUGACGGGCACGAGCAGCGAAUUCCGCAAGACGAAGAAGAGCAACUGGAAGAGCCUAUCCAAGGAUACCAGUAACAGAAACAGCAACAACCAGAACGACGAGGAAGCCUCAGCAGCGGAUGCCAUCCUCGCCUCGGUAGCGGCCGAGACACGGUUACGCUCACAAGAUGAUGAAGCACCGGUCAUCGAGGGCGAAGACGGCACCAGCUCAUCGGUCAAGAUGAGCGACGGCACGCACGCCGGACUGCAAAGCGCAGCAGCGGUAUCAGCUCAGCUGAAGCGGCGCCAGCGUGAGGAGCGUGAGGACUUUGAGCGACACCGUCAGAACGCCCAGGAGGCCGAGACGGUGUACCGCGACGCCACGGGCCGACGGGUUGACAUAUCUAUGAAGCGGGCCGAGGCGCGCAAAGCUGCCGCCGAGGCGGAGGAGAAGGAACGGCAGGCCAAGGAGGCCCUCAAGGGAGACGUACAGCAGGAGGAGGCUCGCCGGCGCAGGGAGCAGCUCGACGACGCGAAACUCAUGACGUUUGCGCGCGGCGUCGACGACGAGGACAUGAAUCGCGAACUGAAGAACCAGCAGAGAUGGAACGACCCGAUGACGCAAUUCAUGACCGCCGACGAGGCCAAGUCGUCGUCGGAGGGGAAGAAGAAGAAGGGCGCAAAGGGUUGCAGACCUGUGUAUAACGGCGCUGCUCCGCCGAAUCGAUACGGCAUCAAGCCCGGGUACAGAUGGGAUGGUGUAGAUCGUGGCAACGGCUUCGAGGCUGAGCGCUUCAGAGCCAUCAACCGUCGCGAGAUGAAUAAGGGGUUGAGCUAUUCAUGGCAGAUGGACGAGUAG